CAUUCAUUCCAAAUUUUCCCUCCUUUUCCCUUCCUUCAAGCUUUGUCCUGCAUUGUGUUUUCAUCAUUGUUCUUUACAUCAGGAAAUGAUUAUGAAUAUGAAUCAGUUCAUUGAUCAACUUGGACACUAUUUAUGCACUGAUGGAUUUUCUUAUUAUCUAUUGUUAAGAAAAAGAGAUUAUAGGCAUCGGUUUUCAUGACUCCAUGGACUUGAGGGACGCAAAAGUUGGCUUCUUUCUGUUUUGUAGUUUCUGUCUUGUCACUUUCUCCGAACAAGAUGGUUUCUUGAGUCUUUCUUGUGGUGGAAGAACAAGUUUCAGGGAUUCAUCUAACAUUUCGUGGGUACCAGACACCACCUAUGUAACCACAGGAAAGACUGCUACCAUCACAUACAGUGAUGGUUCCAACAACUCACUGAACAUCUCAGCUCGGUUCUUCCCAAAUUCUAGAAGGCGAAAAUGUUACAGAAUACCAGCAAACAAUUCAACAGCUUUGGUUCUUGUUAGAGCAAAAUUUGUGUACAAGAACUAUGAUGGACUUGGGAAACCUCCUAAGUUCUAUGUUUCAAUUGGGACAUCUAUUGCAGCCACCAUAAAUCUUGCUGAAGAUGAUCCAUGGAGUGAAGAGUUUCUAUGGACAGUCAACAUGGAUACACUGUCAUUCUGCUUAAUUGCAAUGCCUGGAGGGGGUUCACCUGUAAUUUCUUCUCUUGAAAUCAGACCACUUCCUCAGAGAGCCUACACAAAUGGCAUGACAGAUUUUCCUAACAAGUUGCUUAGGAAGAGUUAUAGAAUUGAUUGUGGGCAUUCAAAUGAUUCCAUAAGGUAUCCCUUGGAUCCAUUUGAUAGAAUAUGGGAUGCUGAUAGAAGUUUCACACCCUUUCAUGUUGCCAUUGGGUUUAAGAUUCAACUUAGCUUCAGACAGUCCAGUCUUGUAGAAGAACCACCAGCAGCUGUUCUUCAAACUGGAAGAGUUUUGGCAAGAAGUAAUGCUCUGACAUACAACCUCCCUCUUGAUGCAUUAGGGGACUACUACAUCAUCCUCUACUUUGCAGGGAUUCUUCCUGUCUUCCCCUCAUUUGAUGUUCUUAUAAAUGGAGAACUAGUAAAAUCAAACUACAAAAUAAAUAGCUCUGAAACCAGUGCUUUAUACUUAACGCGAAAGGGAAUUGGAAGCUUGAAUAUAACUUUAAAGAGUAUCAGCUUUUACCCUCAGAUCAAUGCAUUUGAGGUUUAUAAGAUUGUUGAUAUUCCAACUGAUGCCUCAUCAACCACAGUUUCAGCACUGCAGGUUAUUCAGCAGUCCACUGGAUUGGAUCUUGGAUGGCAGGAUGAUCCAUGUCUGCCUUCUCCAUGGGAGAAAAUUCACUGUGAAGGAAGCCUUGUUACAUCAUUGGAUCUUUCAGACAUAAAUUUGAGAUCCGUUAGUCCAACAUUCGGUGACUUACUAGACCUCAAAAUACUGGAUUUGCACAACACAUCGCUUACCGGUGAAAUACAGAAUUUGGAUGGCUUGCAGCAUAUUGAGAAACUGAACCUGAGUUUCAAUCAGCUAACAUCUAUUGGUGCAGACCUUCAGAACUUGAUUAACCUUCAAAUAUUAGACUUGCAGAACAAUAGUUUAAUGGGAACAGUACCUGAUAGCUUGGGAGAGUUAGAGGACCUCCACUUACUGAAUCUGGAAAACAACAAACUACAAGGUCCUCUGCCACAGUCUUUGAACAAAGAAACGUUGGAGAUCAGGACAUCUGGUAAUUUAUGUCUUACCUUUUCCACAACAUCAUGUGAUGAUGAUGCAUCAUCCAGUCCUCCAAUUGAAGCACCGCAAGUUACUGUAGUUCCUCAGAAGAAGCACAAUGUACAUAGCCAUCUAGCAAUCAUACUAGGCAUGGUUGGAGGAGCCAUAAUAGCCUUUCUCUUAAUGUGUAUUUCAGUAUUGAUAUACAAGACCAAACAACACUAUGAAGCCUCCCACACAUCAAGAGGAGAAAUGGAUAUGAGGAACUGGGGUGCUGCAAAAGUAUUUUCCUACAAAGAAAUCAAAGUAGCUACAAGAAACUUCAAGGAAAUCAUAGGAAAGGGUAGUUUUGGAUCUGUUUAUCUUGGUAAACUCCCAGAUGGAAAAUCUGUAGCUGUCAAAGUUCGUUUUGACAAAUCUCAACUGGGUGCUGAUUCUUUCAUCAAUGAGGUUAAUCUUUUAUCAAAAAUCCGGCAUCAAAAUCUUGUGUCUUUGGAAGGAUUUUGUCAUGAAAGAAAGCAUCAGAUAUUGGUUUAUGAGUACUUACCUGGUGGAUCCCUGGCUGAUCACCUCUAUGGUUGUCAAAAGACUUCCUUAAGCUGGGUGAGAAGGUUGAAAAUUGCUGUUGAUGCAGCAAAAGGUUUGGACUAUUUGCACAAUGGAAGUGAACCAAGAAUCAUACAUCGUGAUGUGAAGUGCAGUAACAUCCUCUUGGACAUGGAAAUGAAUGGCAAGGUCUGUGACUUAGGUCUCUCUAAGCAAGUAACUCAGGCAGAUGCAACUCAUGUCACCACUGUUGUUAAGGGCACUGCUGGUUACCUUGAUCCAGAGUAUUAUUCCACUCAACAGUUGACUGAGAAAAGUGAUGUAUAUAGUUUUGGAGUUGUUCUUUUGGAACUCAUUUGUGGAAGAGAGCCAUUGACUCACUCUGGAAACCCUGAUUCAUUCAACUUGGUGUUAUGGGCGAAACCAUACUUGCAGGCUGGUGCAUUUGAGAUAGUGGAUGAAGACAUAAGAGGAAGUUUUGAUCCCUUGAGUAUGAAGAAAGCAGCUUUCAUUGCUAUAAAGUCAGUGGAGAGGGAUGCAUCACAGAGACCAUCUAUUGCAGAGGUGUUGACAGAGCUAAAGGAAGCCUACAAUAUUCAACUCAGAUUCCUUGAAUCUUGUGAAAAUGAGAAUUGAUUUUGCAGCUACACAUGCUGCAUAUCAAGUUAAAUUAUGUCAUCACAGAGAGAUAAUAUUUUGCUCAAUAUCAGUUCUUGUUGCUGAUUGUAUGCAAACAAGAACACAAAGCAACAGAAAAAGGGAAUUGAUAUGAUAUUUAA